AUGUUUGCCAAAACUUCCAUCCUACUCGAAUUCAUCCAUCUCUUCGUACCGGGCCGAACCCGGAACAAAUUCUUCUGGAUCUGCUGGGCAAUGAUUGUCGCCAACUGCCUGUUCUACCUGGCCUCCAUCGUCGCCGUCCAGUUCUACUGCACUCCGGUAGAGAAGAACUGGCACAGAUGGGUGCCCGGCACGUGCCGUGAUCGAAGCACCAUCGACAUAACUCCGACCGUCUUCAACUUAGUCUUUGACCUUCUCAUCUUGCUUCUCCCACAGCGAGUCAUUUGGACAUUGCAGAUGAACAACCGCCGUAAGCUGGGCGUGUCAAUCGUCUUCUCUGUCGGCCUCUUAGGUUGUAUUUGCGCUGGCGGUCGAAUUGCCUAUACGGUACACCUUCACUACAAGACCAACGUCGCAUACGACAGUGGUCCCAUUUACCUUUGGAGUAUCGCCGAAUGCACUUGCGCCAUCCUUGUCUUUUGCGCCCCUGCCUUGCCCAAGGCUUUUCGCUCGACCAAGGAAGGGACCUCGACCAUGAGCAACGGCGGUCGCCCCAGCUUCGGACAAGUCACCAACACCGUGCAAUCCAAUAAAUCGUACUACAAGAUGGCCGAUGGUAAGCACAGACAGGACAUUGCCCUCUCCGAAAUUCAAUUUGCAGCGCCAGAACGUGCGUCCGCCUAG